AGUUCCGACACGUCAAUCAAACCUAUUUUAUUAGCCAAUCAGAAUGUUCCGUAUAAUUAGUCAGAGAAGCGCUUCGAUCGGCCGCCAUGUUGUCCCACAAACAAAUCUUGGACAAGUUGUGGGAAGUUUAAGUUUUUGUUAAAAAAUGGUAUUGCGGUGUGCGUGGGGAACGUGUAAUGUUGACGAGAGAUAUCCUGAGAGGUUACAGAACGGUGUUAAGCUUAUUUUGUUCCCCAAACCGAAAACUAAUCUCCAGAAAUGUCUUCGAUGGAUCAAAGCUUGCGGACGUCCACACGAACAGUUGAACAUUCAGAGAAUAAACAAACACAAAGCUGUUUGUUCAAAGCAUUUCGUGGGAGGUAAUGGACCGAUUGUGGAAUUUCCUGACCCAUUACAAGCUGAUGGAUCAGCUGUUCGACCGACCAGGCCACUUCGCAAACGGACUAGCACAUUCACCGAGAGUAACCCAGUGUCAAAGAAAAAAAAACUUCUGUGUACAACAGAUAUAGAACAUGGAGAAGAUGUGAACUCAACAACAGAAACUGAAACAUCAAACAACACCAGCAGUGGUAACAACAUAUCUAUACAAACAGAAGAACCUUGGAUUUCUCCAUUUGAGAUGUUUGCAAUGGCCACUGAGCUACACGUGUCAAGAGAAAAAGAGAAGCAGUAUGAAGCUACAAUCUGCACUCUGAAAGAGGAAAUAAAGGAACUUAAAGACAAACUAUCAUCUGACGAUCAAAAGCCAUCGUUUGGAGUCGACGAAGUGAUAAGAAGAGAGGGAAAAUUGAAAAAUUUGUUCAAAUAUUACACUGGCAUUGUAUAUAUAAGAUUUGCUGGUCUUUUGGCAUUUUUAGACUCCGAUGGAUCAUCAGUAAAUUAUGAAAAAGGUCGAAAAGACAUUAGUAUGUUGUCACUGCAAGAUGGACUCUUUUUAACUUUAUGUAUAGACUGAGACAUAACUUUGGUUUGAAAGAUUUGUCAGUUAGGUUUAAACUAUCACUGCAGUCAUCUGGAAUUGUAUUUAAUACUUGGAUUUCAUUGAUGUAUUAUAAGUUGGGUCAACUUUGUAU